UUGCAAUCUGUCUUACGCUAUUCCGUAGGAAAGGUUCUGUACUCCAUGAAUGGGCUAAAGCUAUCACCCGCUGCAUGGGCCAAGUACAGAAACGAAGUGCGUGUCAGUAUAGGUUGGCAGCAAUGUGCUAUAGAGCCUACUCUAUGGCACUUGUCCAGUGUCAUCCUUAUAAUCUUCGCCGAUAACUUUUAUUUUUUCGGCGACGAAG